AUGGAAUCCCAGGCUUUCACCCGCGCGGCGACGGGGAGGUGCCGGAUGGCCUCCUGGGCCAGCACGUGUCCCAGGUCUUGGGCAACUAUUUUCAAACAUCGCUGGUACUCGCGGACCUCGCUGUCUCGUCAGUGCCCCGUUGGCGAACCGGAACCGCACGAUGCCCAACCCGCCGCCGCCGCCGUCACCCAACCAGGUCACGCACGCCGACCAAACGCCAAACGAGCCAAAGAAACCGGGCGAGAACCUCCUCGCGACCUGAUGAAACGCAGACGCCCAACCUCGGGCCCGAAUUGCCACUACGGUCUCCCGAUUGGGGCCAGCACCAGACGCAAGGCAGCCGCCAAGGACAAAGACUGGAUCGCGAGGUCAAACCUUACUGACACUUACACUUAUCAGCCCCUGCCCCAAAAUACCAUCCGAAUCUUGACGCUAUGGGGCGGAAACCCCGACGACCCUCUCACGGGGUUGCUUGAGCUCGCCGCCGUCGACGAUAUCGGGGCUUACGAGCCUCUCUCGUACGUUUGGGGAAACGACACGCUCACGCACAAGAUACGUCUACCCGAUGCAGAGCUCUCCAUUACGGCGAGCCUAUACCACGCCCUGCGGCAGCUCCGGUUGCAGACGGGGCCGCGGCGCGUGUGGGCCGACCAGAUCUGCAUCGACCAGGGCAACGAAGCAGAAAGGUCGCAGCAGGUGCAGUUCAUGAACCGGAUCUACCGCGGCGGGAGCAGCAUACAGGUUUGGCUCGGCCUCGACGAGCACCAUUUGGCGGAAAAGGCCUUCGGCUUUGUGCGAGAGCUGGCCGGGCUCCUCGCCGACAAAAAGCAUCCCAUCUUUAAAACCGCUAGCACCGAUAAUCUGGCCGACCAAUCGGCCUGGAAACCCCUGAAAAACAUAACGGAUCUACCAUGGUUCCAACGCGGCUGGAUCGUUCAGGAGAUCGGCACCAAGGCGCCUGCAACCCUGCUUUGGGGGAAAGCGGAAAUGGCGUGGGACGAGCUGCACGACGUAUGCGAAAAACUCGCAGAAUACCAUUACCUGAGGGUUAAGUUUAAAGUGGCGACGUCGGAAAUCAAGUAUCUCUACCGCCGCUUUGUCGAGCCCGAAAAAAUUAGCCGGCACGAUAACCGCUUCAGCUUCCUUUACGGGCUCCACCGUGCAAGACACCUGAAGGUCAGCGACGACCGAGACCGCGUGUUCGCCAUGCUGGGCCAUUACUCCAUCCGCGCGGGACGCAAUAGCGAGCUGAAGGCGCUGACGGCGGACUAUUCGAGCUCGGUCGAGGAGGUUUACACUGACGUGGCCGUAAGAGCCCUGAUCGGGGACGACGAGUCCCUUAUCACCCUUGGGGCCGUGCAGCAUACGAAACUCCCUUUCGCGGCCGAAAUUCCACAAGGGCAAAGGGGCCAUACGCUGCCGUCGUGGGUGCCGGACUGGAGAACCCACCACGGACACAUCAUGUCGGAACCCACCAGCCCUCACCGCGCCUGCGGCCUGACGAAGCCCAAUAUGAGCAUCCGCGAUUCAAAGGUGCUCGAGAUUCGCGGAAUAGAGAUGGACCGGAUCGAAGCCUGCUCCGACCUGCUGCAAAAGGGGGGGUUUCACGAUCGGAAAACCGCCAAGGGGGACAGGGAGCGGGCCGCAAUCGAAGUUCUAUGGACGGACGUCUGCGGGAAGACAAACGGCUUCGAUCUCAGCGACGAGUAUGCCGGCGGGGGAGGGGGGAGCAGCAGCAGCUUCUUCGCCUACACCCAGACGCUGAGCAAUGGCUGCAUGGCCAUUUAUUGGCAGGACCACGCCCUCGAGGACUACGGCGCCAUCCCACAGCGGAAAUGGCUCGCGCACGCCGCUGCCUACCUCGCCGCCGUGGUGGACAGGGCGCUCAUCUCUCCGGAGCUCUGCUCGCUGGCCGACCAGGGAGACGCGCAAAAAUGGGGCCGUGCGGCGACCGGCGCGUCGAGCCAGCGAAAGUUUGCCCGGACGACCAAGGGGUACUAUGUGAUGGGGCCGGGAGUCAUGGAGGAGGGCGACGUUGUCUACGUGCUCUUCGGCGGGAAGAUGCCGUUUUGUCUCCGCCCCUGUCUAGGCUCUCAGCACUACUUGAUGGUUGGAGAGUGCUACAUGCAUGGGUUUAUGAAUGGGGAGUCUGUGGACAUGCUUGACAGGGAAGAAGUUCGCGAGGAAGUCUUUAGGGUUGUUUAACCAGACACUAGUCUUGUAUUCUUUUGUGUUCUCCUGUUCUCCUUUGGACUGUAGUGCCAAAACCCACCGAAAGCACCAAACCAACCGCGAGUUCCAAUUCAGCCACUUGUGUUCCAACCCAUAUGCAUCAUCCCUGAACAAGGGGGGAGGGCC